AUGUCUAUAGCAGCUAUAAGAAAACAAAAGUCAAUUGAUGAAGAUCUAACCAUUUUAAUGACAUUAACGUCCACUUUAACAGUUAGCAGUUUACCUGCUUCAUUAGUUCCUAAAGUAUCAAAUAAAGGGAAGAAAAGUUCUACAUCAACAACUUUAAGACCUUCCUAUAUAAUUGAUUCGAGUUCCUCGAGAAAAACAAGUACAUCACUGAAUCGUCCUAAAACGCUAUUAUCAAUCCCAUCCGCAUUAGUAUCUAAGUUUUCUUUGCAAUCAGAGACUACGAGUGAUUCGGCACGGUCUACCCAUACAUCAGAACCAUACCAUAGUAAUCUCGAUAAUGUUGCAGGUCUUUCGAAAGAAAACAAUUCGCUUAAGUUGGGCCUUGCAAUCGGUAUACCUAUUGCAAUAGUUUCAAUUUUAGUUGGUAUAAUCUUAGCAUGGUUCUAUUUAAAGAAAAAGACUUUUAAUAAAAGGCGAAACGGAUUACUUCCAUACAAGAAUGAGUAUUUGGACCAUAACAAUGAUGAAAACUUAACAAUGAAAGAAACUAAAUUUCAAGCCUCUAGUAUUAAUCUGGUAUCUACAAAAUUUCAGGGUUUAAUUGAAACUCCUGUACAAAUACAAAGAGGUCCAAAUCAACAAUUAGCACAAGCCUCAGUGAAAAACUUCUUCAAUAGACUCAGCCGAACUAUUAAUAUAAGAAAUAUUAACGAUGCUGACAUAGAUACUCUCAACGAAAAUAAAUCAGGUUUGGUAUCACCCAUUUUCUUGAAAAAAUUCAACUUGCGAAAAUCAGUAUGCAAACCAAAUGAUGUUUAUAAUAGCGAGGAAAGAUUAAGAAGGACCAAUGGACUAUUGAGGUCUAUUGAUGCAGAUUUUCUCUCAAUUCCCUAUAAUGAUUCUACGAUAUCGAUUUCCGAAAAAAGGAGUAAGAAACCUCUUCCAAAAUUACCCCCAAUUAUCAACACGUAUAAAUCGAAAUCUUUACACGAUAUGGAAAAAGUAGUGACCCAUACACUGCUUUCUUCGAGCAGCAUUAUCAACCGAGAUGAUAAAAUUUACAAAGUAAUAAAACCAUACGUCAAGAAUUUAGAUGAUGAAAUCUCAAUCAAAGUAGGUGAUAAAGUAAAAAUAUUAACAGAACAUUCUGAUGGGUGGUGCUUUGUAAAAUUAUUAAAAGAAACGGAAUACUCGAAUCAUACCAUGCCAAAACAAGGAGUUAUACCUAGGCUUUGCUUACAAAAAAUUUGA